AAAAAAUGAAAGCAAUCGUAAUUGUAGUUCUCUUAGCUCUCACAUAUGCUGCUGAUCCAGAAUAAUGCUUGAAAGAAAGAUGCCCAAAUGAGUAUGCUGCCUGCUAAAAGGAAGUGUUCGGAUGUGCAUCUGCAGCUAUGAAAUGCAAAAACCAAUGUGGAGGUGAAGAUGCUGAAUGCAUGUUGAACUGUGCCUUAGCCUCAAAGAAUGCCAAAUUGAUUGCAUUGUAAGCUCAUAUUCUAAUUUAAGGGCUGAAUGUGGACAUGAGAAAUGUUAAGAUGUUGCAGUAUCAUUUUGUGAUGUUGAAGGAUGCGUUGCUUCUUUCAAGAGUGAAUGCGCUUAGAAUUUGGGAUUACAAUCAUUCUAAUGUGCAUCAACCUUCUUUGAGAGACAUCCAGAAUGUUCAUGCGUAACUGAGUUCUGAAGAAAUAGAAAUUUAAAGGAUAUAAGCAUAGAAUAUGAUAUUUAUGCAUGUAUCUAUUAAUUUGUAAUAUCAAC